GAAACUUAGGAUCCCUAAUUAGGGAAGUGAAGUGAGAAAUUAUUACGUAGUAGAAGUUGAGAGUUGGAGCUCCUUGGCUGAUUCAUGAUACGUUGUGCAAAAGAGAGAGCAACGACUCCUCCCCCAAUGUAUAAUUUCUUCUUCCCCAUCAAUCCUAUGCCCCACUCUCUCUCCCUCUUUCAGGUACCUAGUCAAGAGUCACAGUCACAUCAACCUCCCUCAAUGCUUUAAACCCUUUCAAGACUUGAAUCUUAGUCCAAAGAUUGCACUUCUCUCUCUGUUACUUCUCUCCAAAUGUUGUCAUCCACAGCUGGUGAAGCCACUGCUCAAACUAAAACUCUUAAUAGAGUUUCUUCUUCCUCCUCCACGUCUUCCUCUCCCUCGCCAUUUUCGCCUUCCGACAUUCACCACAAGGGUAAAACUAUGGAAGAGGUCUGGAAAGACAUCAAUCUCGCUUCUCUUCAUGAUCACCCUUCUGGUGACCAAGACCUCUCUUUCACUCCCAGACUCCAUAAUCCUCAUCAUAACCCUAACUUUAUUCUUCAAGACUUCUUUGCCAGACCAUUUAGCAAGGAUACUCCGACAAGAAUAGUCUCUGCUCAUGUUGAGUCUGGUCUAUGUGGUUCUUCAGUGCCACCUCCUGCUACUAUUCUUAGCUUAAACUCAGGUCCCGUGUUCGAUUUUCUCGAUAACUCUGAUCCACUUAGGCCUGCCUCGCAUUUGCCUAGCCGUCCUGUUUCAAACUUUUCCUCCUUUAAUAGUUCUUUAGAGGCUUUGGAUUCAUCUUCGGGCAUGCCUUCUUUUGGCAAGAAAAGGGUUCAAGAAUCUGAUAACAGUUCCGGUGAUCGCCGGCAUAAACGUAUGAUCAAGAACCGAGAAUCAGCAGCUCGAUCGAGAGCUAGAAAACAGGCUUAUACUACUGAGUUAGAGCUCGAAGUACGACAUCUAAUGGAAGAAAAUGCAAGGCUCAAGAGACAGCAAGGCGAGUUAUACUUGGCUGCAGCCGCUCAACUUCCCAAAAAGCACACACUCCAUCGAACGUCAACGGCUCCAUUUUGAGCAGUGCUACUGCUUUGAUUUUACCCAAUUUGUCUCUCUCGGCUUAGCACAGUUUCCUUCCUUUUGGGGUGAGAGAGAGAGAUAUGGAUGUUUUUGUGAUGAAGGGGAUGGAUGCAAGUGUAGCAAAAAAAAUUCCUGUUUUAAAGAGAGAAGAUGGCUGUGUAGGAAAAAGGAAAUCGUUUCUUUGCAUCAUCCUUAACAGGCAGGAACAUUUUUGGUUGGUUUUUGGUCCCCCUUUUGCAUCUUUCUUUUAUUGUCAUGCCAACCGGCAACUUAUAAGAUAGAAAGGAAAAUAGGGUUUUUUAUUGGGGGGAGGGUAAAAAUUUGGAAGAAAAAUUGAAAAGAGAAGGAUUCCAACUCCACGAAGAUGCAGAGUAAAGUAAAGAUGGCACAUUUUGUUGCUUGUAAACUGACCAUCACUUUCAAUGAAGGACUUCCUUAUCUCUUCUU